GCAAGCCUUAUUCUGAUAACUGGACAGCCGAGUGGAAGUACCUCUACUCUCUGCAGCGGAACUACCCAAAUACGGGGCAAUUCACCUUCCUGCCGGCUCCCUCGGCUCGGUUUGGAGGCUGGGAAAUGGGUGCCCUGAGGAUUUCUGGCAACGGCUCCUCCGAAGGCCAGCUAGACGUGGCUGCCAUCUGGAGCACGGAGCACGCCAUGGCCUGGCACCUGGAGGAGGCCUUCCGGAGGGACCCGGCCGGCUGGGCUGCAGCCAAGUGCCAGCAGUGGGACAGCCAGGAGGCCGGGCUGCCCUCCUUUCUGGAGGAGAUCCCCGACUGUCCCUGCACUUUGAGCCAAGCCCGGGCCGACUUCGGCCGCUUCCACGUAAGUCCCCGCUGGGGCGGCUCCAGGCAGGCCCGUUCCAGGCUGGCUCAGGAGGGGCUGCCCGAAAG